AUGUCUGCGCCUACACCAGUCAAGAAACGUUCCUUCACAGAGAACAAGGGCGCCACCGUCGUCGAGGAGAAGAAGAAACUCCUGCAGCAGUACAAGGACGAUGAUGGGCACUUUUCCCUCGUCCGCAACUUCCGCCUCGCAGACAUGAUCACCAUCAUGAAUGGCGUCUGCGGAACCCUCUCCAUCCUCUCUUCGGCUCGAUACCUCAUCCUCUCCUCCAACCUCCCCGGACCCCCCUCCGCCGAAGCCGUCCGUGUCCUCUACUUUGCCCACCUCCUCCCUAUCCUCGGGUUCGGCUUUGACGCCCUGGACGGCAAGGUCGCACGAUGGCGCGGCGGCGGAUCCAUGCUCGGCCAAGAAAUGGACUCGCUCGCCGAUCUCGUUUCCUUCGGCGUCGCACCGGCCACCCUCGCAUUUACGCUCGGACUGCGCACGGCUCUCGACUGCGUUUGUCUGCUGUUGUUUGUGUCGGGCGGUCUGGCGAGGCUGGCGAGGUUCAACGCGACGGUCGCGCUCAUCCCGGCCGACAAGAGCGGGAAGAGCAAGUACUUUGAGGGGUUGCCCAUUCCCUCGAGUCUGUUCUUGACGAGCAUGAUGGCGUAUUGCGUCAAGAAGGGGGCGUAUGCGAUGGGCAAGCGGGGCGGGGGAUCGGUGCCGUUUGGGUUGGUGACUCUGUUUGGCGAGAAGGGGGGUUACGGCGAUGUCCACGUCGCUUCUUUCAUUUUUGCCACCUGGGCUGCUAUGAUGGUUUCAAAGACGCUCAAGGUACCCAAAUUAUAG